UUUAUAAUUUAGAAUUCUUUGUAUUCGUAAAAUCCGAAAGUAUUUUUGGUUUUCAUAAUCACAUCUUAUCGAUAACACAAAUAUAAAAAUCGGUAGCACUGUACCGUACGAAAAAGGUUACAUUCUUGACGUUUGAUCAAGCCUUGAUGGAAAAAAAGAAAUAUGAUCUUUCACGGUCAAUAUACGCCCGUGGAAACAAAAUAUGCUGGAAAAGGAAAGGAGAAUAGUCGAAGAAGUUGGAAGGGUGAGAGGGGCCGAUAAGAGAAAUCGAAUCGAAUGUGCUACGUGGAAUCGUGAAAGUGAAGGCGUAUCCUGCUUUACCUAUGAGUUAGGAUAGGUUACAGGUCUCGAUCAAAUACCUGUUGCUUGACUCUUUCAUUUAUUGAAACUCAUGCCGAAAUUUAGCUUAAAUUUCGUUUAGCCUAUCUGGUAUUGACGGUAACAGUGUUGGAAUAACGCGAUAUACUAGUUUCGAUUAGUGCAUACACGGUUGUUAAACGAGGAAGUGGUCAAAUAUGGAAACUCUUCAGAAAAAACUAGUUGAGUGUGGUCAGGAACACCUGUUAAAAUUUUGGGAUCAAUUGUCAGAUAAAGAAAGAGAGGAGCUUUAUCAAGAUAUUUCUGAAUUGAAUCUUGCGGAUGUAACAUCAUAUUUUCAUAAUGCAGUAUAUGCUUCCUCUAAUAUGCAACAGAAUACAUUAGAUGAUAAGAUAUCUCCCAUUCCUAAAGAAAAUAUUUCAUCUAGCAAAAACAUUAAUAAGGAACAAUUGAGGGUAUAUGAAAAAUUAGGAUUGCAAGAAAUAGCAACUGGACGAGUAGCUGUAUUAUUAAUGGCUGGUGGUCAGGGUACUAGAUUAGGUGUAUCUUAUCCUAAGGGUAUGUAUAACGUUGGUUUACCUUCUGGAAAAACACUGUUUCAACUACAAGCAGAAAGGAUAAUUUGUUUACAAAACAUGGCAGAGAAGGAAUAUGGAAAAAAUGGAAAAAUUAUUUGGUAUAUAUUAACCAGUGAAGCUACACAUGAUGCAACUAUAGCUUUUCUGCAUAAACAUAAUUAUUUUAAUCUAAAAGAAAAAAAUGUAAAAAUUUUUAAACAAGGUAUGCUACCAUGUUUUACACUGGAUGGAAAAAUUAUUUUGGAUAAAAAAUAUAAAAUUUCAAAGGCACCAGAUGGAAAUGGAGGAUUAUAUCGAGCUUUAAUAGUGCAAGGAAUAUUAGAUGAUAUGAUACAACUUGGAAUUCAUAGUGUCCAUGUUCACUCAGUUGAUAACAUUUUAAUAAAAGUGGCAGAUCCGAUUUUCAUAGGAUAUUGCUUAUCUUCAUAUACUGAUUGUGGGGUUAAAGUUGUUGAAAAAUCAUCUCCUAGUGAACCAGUUGGAAUUGUGUGUAAAAUUGAUAAUAUGUAUAAAGUAGUAGAAUAUAGUGAAAUUUCAAAAGAAACAGCUGAAUUGCGUUCUAAUGAUGGACAAUUAAUAUAUAAUGCAGCAAACAUAUGCAAUCAUUAUUUCACUGUAGAUUUUUUAUGUGCCAUUGCUAAAAGUCAUGAAAAAGAAAUGGAGCUUCAUGCUGCUAAAAAAAAAAUACCAUACAUUGAUGAGGAUGGAAAUAAAAAUGAACCCAAAUCUCCAAAUGGUAUUAAAAUCGAGAAAUUCGUAUUUGAUGUAUUCAAGUUUGCUAAACAAUUAGCAGUUUGGGAGGGAAUUCGUGAGGAAGAUUUUAGUCCCCUAAAGAAUGCAGAUUCUGCUGGUCAAGACUGUCCAAGUACUGCACGAAAUGAUGUACUCAAACUCCACAAAAAAUGGUUAUUAAAUGCUGGAGCUACAUCUGUAACAGAUAAUGUCGAAAUAUCUCCUUUAUUAUCAUAUGCAGGAGAAAAUUUAAAUCAUAUAAGAGGACAAUCAUUAGAAGGACCAUGUGUAUUAGAAUAA